AUGAAAUUUUCCACCAUUAUCCUCUCCUCCAUUGCUUCCAUUGCUUCUGUCAAUGCUGCUAACGUUCCAACCGUUUCCGCUGCUACUUGUCCAUUAUCUUCUCAAAACUUCCUUGAAGACUUCUCAGGUGGAUACAUGGAAGUUAGCGAGAACGAAUAUAUCAGUUACCUUUAUGCUGAACUCAACUCUGAAGUUGACGUGACCUUGAUUGGUGGUGUUGGUGGAACUGAUUUCUUUGUCGGUAACAACGCUCUUAGUGACUGUUCUUGUAUUCCAGAUGUCAAGCCAGACUACCAUGUAGCUGAAGGUGCCACUACCCAAAUCAAGGUUGCUGUCAAAUCGAACGAACUUCUCGGAUUUAGAAUCAAGAGCUCUGAAGUUGAUUUUGACAUCAAAUAUAAGCAAUUGACCAGUCGUUGGGCUCCAGUAUUUCCAAUGUCCCCAUGCCCAAAGAAGUAA